AUGUCUAGAGGACACAUCAAUCCUAAUUUUCCAAGAGAAAAUACUCAAAAAUCCUCAUAUGAAGAAGAUGGGUCAUCUGGCCACAAAAGGCAAAAAACUUCAGAGCCAAACCUUAACAAAGAAGAAGAAGCUCGCAAUCAUUACCGAGACAGACGAGAUAUCCCAGCCACUGUAAGCAAAAUCGAAGGCUUACGAAAAUUCAAUAACUGAAUUAAAAGUGUCCUUAUAAAUGAAUACACAAGACAAGGAUUUACUGUCUUAGAUAUGUGCUGUGGAAGAGGAGGAGAUCUCUUGAAAUUUAAUUCUGCCAAAAUCGCGUUCUAUGUUGGCAUUGACUUAAGCCAUGAAAGCGUCGAAAAGGCUAAAGAAAGAUUUGAUUCUAUAAGUCCAAAGCCAAAAUUCGAAGCUUUGCUAAUAUCAGGCAGCUCUUGUGACCCAGACUAUACAAUUUCACAAGUCGUAAAUCAGCAUUAUGACUUAGAAUAUGACCUUGUCAGCUGCCAGUUUGCAUUUCAUUAUAUAUGGGACUCUGAAGACAGCGUCAGGAGGUUCCUGUAUAAUGUUUCCGAAAAACUUAAGCCAGGAGCUGUCUUUAUUAGCACCAUUCCAGACGCAAAUGUCGUUGUAAAAAAGUUGAAAACACAAAGCGAAAAUUUUAUAUUUGGAAAUCAGUAUUAUUCAAUUAAAUUUGACAUCUUGAUUAGUCUAUGCAUGUUUAAGGUCCAUAGAUUGCUCGACAGCAGUUACCUCCAACAUCGAUCUGCGGCGAAUUUUGCCUAUUUUUGUUUGGGCACGCCAAAGGUGUGGCCACAUCAGGCUUAAAUCACCAAAAGAGAACGCCAGCCCUGAAGUUUGGGCUUCGACAACUCUCCUUUGAGCUCAGGCACUUACUUGGGCCCGAUCGGCACCCUAAAAGUCCCAGUAUCCACUGCCUGGGAUAAGUGGUACUGAAAAUUCGAUUCUCUAAGGUCAGGAGUCGUUAGGAAAAAUCACCCUGCUCUUGUUUCACUAAUAUAGCUGGGAUAAUUUCACCAAACCUCAUUAUUAAAUAUGCAAGAAAUGAGCGACGCCAUAUAUUAUAGAGGUUUCCUCUAUAUAGCGCUGAAAGCGCAUACAUUUUCCCAGGAGCUUUCCAAGUUCGUCGGACCAAAUCGCUUUUUGGUCCGACCAAGGCAUUGAUUUGGUGCAACCAACCGAUAAAUUCCGAUCAGAAUUUAUCGGCCUUACAGCGCCAAACAUAGGAAACUUCUAUAAUUAUAUUUUGACACUGAUCAAUUCCCUAAAAGUAAAGGAGAAUUUGGCUUAAAAUAUGGUUUUUAUUUAGAAGACAGCGUUGGGGAGUCUAUUGUUAGACAAGAAGGGACUGAAAUAGUAUAUGUCUCUGAGUAUUUAGUAAUUAUGGACAAGCUUGAAGAAAUAGCCGAAGAAUACGAUUUAGAGCUUGUCUGCAAAAGAAAUUUCCAUUAUUUUUAUGAUGAAUAUAAAGAAAAGUACAACUGGCUGUUAAAGAAAUACUUAAAAUCUGUAUCAAUUGAUGAGGAUCAGUGGGACAUCGCUUAUCUCUAUAUGGUCAUUGUGUUUAAAAAGAAAGGUGAAUUUAAACCUCCCCCAAAGUUUUCUCAUGCUGAUGACACUCGUGCUACCAUUGUAAAGAUGAGGGAUAUUGAUAUAGACUAA